AUAUAUCCCUCAACAGCCACAAAGAAUAGAAAUCCACUCAACGGCCAUCAAAUACCUUUGCAAACCUGGAUAUUACCUUGUAAAAUUAGCAGUGACAUCUUUACUGGACUGUAUAUAGCAAGCAGGGGCGGACUGACCAUUUGGAAACUCGGGCAUUGCCCGAGUGCCCAGGGUCAGUAAGGGGCCCAAUGAGAUGCCCCUGGUACCUUUCAUAGGCUUUUUUGGGUUGUGGGCAAGGACACAGGGGCCCCAUGAUCCCCUAUUGCCCGGGGGCCCCAU